AUGUCUACGGGGAGUUUCGCGUCUGUUUCCUCAGAACAGAAUACCAUUCAUUACGCUCAACCCAUGAAACCUUCUUGUGGCUCAGCCAAUACAUCUUUCAAUUCGGAAAAUGGAUCAUUAGGACGAAGUCCGAAAAUACAAUAUCCUACUGUGUCUGUCGUUUCACCAUUAGCUGGAUCAUCUCCAGGUGCUACCAACCAGAGACCAUCGUCAUACUCUGUUACACAGUUACAGUACGAGAAUAUGAGGCAUCGAUGCAAGAUGCUGGAUAUUGAGAAUCAACGACUGAUGAGAAGACAGAAUGAUGUUGUCGAAGAUGCCAAUAGACGUGUUCAGAUGCACAUAAAUGAAAUUCGAAUGAUGAAAGAAGAAAAUAAGAAAGUCGCUCAAUCUAAUAAGGAGCUUCGAGACUUGUGUUGCUUCUUGGAUGAUGACAGACAGAAGGCUCGUCGAUUAGCAAGAGAAUGGCAAAAGUUUGGCAAAUAUACUAGUCACGUCAUGAGACAGGAAAUCCAAAGUUAUCAACAACGUGUUGGAGAACUAGAAACUCGCACCCAACAGAUGAUCAAAGAGAAUGAAGAACUGAGACAGCUUUGCUUAUAUUUGGAUGAGCAACGACAAUACAUGCUCAAUAGACAGCAGGAUGAAGAAGAAAGUGAAGAUCAAGGUUGUGGAAGUAGCGAGCGCAGUAACGAUUCAGACAACUACAAGUCUACAGAGUUAUCAGAUUCAUUACAGUACAACGUUCAGAAGGAACACGCUCUACGAAUGAUAUCUGAACAUAUGCAGACUUCUAAUACAAGUGAUGAGCAGAACGUUAGUCGUACUAAAGACACCGAGAAGUUAUUAAACUAUAUCCAAUCACUUGAAAGUAGAAUAAAGCAUUUGGAAAUGACCAAUACACAAGGAAGGGAUAGAAUGUGGUCAUCUGAAUCGAACAUGGCCUCUGAAUCAGAUGAGAAGACUAUCAUUGAUAAAUGGGAUGAUGAUGUAGCACCUUUACGUGAAGCAGCACGAAUGCUUGUUUCAACAAACAGUACUAUGACUAAUUCCUCAGGAACAACAUACGUAAGCACUGAUACGGAUAUAGAAAGUGCUGUUUACAUUAUGGGCGAAGAAAAUGAUGCUGCAGGAAAUGCUGAAUCAAGAACGUUGAACAAGAUAGACGAAGAAAGAGAACUGGAUAAAUCUGAUGAUGAUGUUGCUGCUGGUUUACCGCCACCAUGUGCUCCACUCAGUGCCAGCACAUUAUCUGUUGGACGGUUAUCCAUGACCAGCGAUGAUGUGAUGAUUGGCUCUUCAUCACCUCUUCUGGAGCAUUGCUUGAGCAAAUCUGCUUCAACAUCUCAUAGUCCAGCAUUGAAAGCCUCCUCUCUUUUCACACAACCUCUGAUGAGAACAACAUCAGAACGCGGAACUCCUCUAUCGGAUGCCGUUAGAAUAAUGAAAAUUCAAAAAACAGCUGACAAAAUGUUAAAAGAAGACCGUCGAACAGAUGAAAAUUCGAUUGUUAAGCACUUCUGUCAAAUGGCAUGGGAUUCGUUGGAUAAGACGAAGCCAAAGGAUACUUCAGCUGUCUAA